AUUAUUGUCCUAUUAAACGACACAACCACAACACAGAUAACCUUUAUCACACACAGACACACACACGCACGGUCAGUGCUAAAUCUGCUUUGUCACUGAGAUCUUUUAUAGAUCCUAAUAAAGAUUCUACAUGGAUAGGUAUUUCCAAACUGCAUGGUCUGUGUAUGUGUUGGGCAUUUCUCGACUUUUGGAAUUUAGCAAAUGUCGACUAUUCCCAAAAAGUAGUCGACUAGUCGAUUAAUCGCAGGGGAUUAAGUGUUAAAACCUUUCAUUGCAACUAUCACUAUGCACUCAGGUGAAGCGUACAGGCUACAGGCUAAGGGGUAAAUCACCAGUGACCCUGAGAUACAUGCUGACGAUGCAGAAGGGUUCCCAUCCCAACAACUGCUCCAACUAUGCCACCAUAACGGAGGGUAACAAAUCACCUGCUAUGUGCAAUUCACCUUUCGAUAAGAACAUAUCUGCUGCUGAUAACCCCACAGAUAGACAACUAGUGCACAUCGGUGCACAGGUUAGUGGUUUUGAGGAGUCUCUUAAACCACAAAUAUAAAAGUGUGUUCUUCGUUUUCUGCUUUUUCCACCAAGCAGCUGAAGUGAAUAGAGAUAGUGAGGAGAGAGACAGGAGAGGAGAUCAGGCAUACCGAGAACUGAUGUCUGAUAAAUCCUCUUGAAUGCCGAUGAAGGAUUGUACCCUGAGUCCAAUGUCCUGCGAGACCUUUCUCCCCAGACUGUUGCAGCCGUUAUCAGUCGGGUCAGAUAUGAUUACCUGCUUGGUGGGGUGAUACUCUCUCUUUCUCUCAGGUGAACUUUAAACCUCCCUUUUUCAUUAUAUAACUUCAUUUAUAAGACAGGUGCAGCAGUGUCUGCCUGCCUCUACCUGGCCUCUGCAUCUCUGUCAGCUCCUCUGAUGCUACAGACGCCUGCCUCUGCUGCCGGGGACACGAACACUGACAAGCUGCACACACACACAACCCAACGACACAGAGACACACGGAGAACCGGCUGCCAGGCAGACAAAACAUUCUCACAGUCGCACAGAGGGAAAAACGCACAGCACCAUGGGCUGCUGCAACAAGGAGCAAGGACUCAUAGCCGGAGCCGUGAUUGGGGCUGUGGUAGCCAUACUGGGAGGGAUCCUCUUCCCAGUGGGGGACAGCAUCAUCAAGGGAACAGUUGAGAAGGAGUCCGUCAUCGAGCCUGGAACCACAGCUUAUGACACCUGGACGUCCACAGGGCCGCCGGUGUACAGGCAGUUCUGGUUCUUUGACGUGAAAAACCCACUGGAGGUUGUGCAGAACGGUGCGAAACCAGAGGUCAUGGAAAAAGGACCUUACACGUACAGGACGAGGAUUCUGCCCAGAGCAAACAUCACGUUCAACCCCAACGGUACCGCCUCCUUCCUGAUGCCGCUCAAUGCCGUCUUCGAGCCGGCCAUGUCGGUGGGACCAGAGGAGGACAACAUCACCUCCAUCAACCUGGCUGUGGCUGGAGCGUAUUCACUGCUUCCCAAAGAACUACAUUUCAUCCUGAAUAAUCAGAUAAAGUCGAGCAACUCCUCCCUGUUCCAGUACCGCACAGUCAAGGAGUUGCUGUGGGGUUACACCGACCCCAUGCUGAAUAAAACCCUGGGCGCAUUUGUACCCUUCAAUGGCACCUUUGAUGGCUUCUACACCGUUUACUCUGGAAAGGAGGACAUCUCACGAGUGGGGAUUAUCGACAUGUGGAAAGGAGAGAGGAGUUUGUCCUUCUGGAACGACACGUACUGUGACAUGAUCAAUGGGACAGAUGCGUCCGCCUUCCCUCCGUUUUUGGACAAAAAGAAGCCUCUCUACUUCUUCUCAUCAGACAUCUGCAGGUCCGUGUCAGCCAGCUAUGAGAAGAGCAUUGAUCUGAAAGGUAUUCAUCUUUACCGUUACACCCUCCUGGCGUCCACCCUGGCCUCCCCUACGGUCAACCCAGACAACAAGUGCUUUUGCAAGAACCCAACGACCACCAGGAACUGCACCCUGGGCGGAGUACUGGAUAUCGCCCCCUGUAAAGAUUUAACAUCUAUCUUCAUCUCUCUGCCGCACUUCCUUCACGCCAGUCCAUACCUGCGGGAGGCCGUACUGGGUCUGAAUCCCAUCGAGGAGCACCAUAAAACCUUCUUAGACGUGGAACCUACAACCGGGUUUUCUAUGAGAUUCGCUAAAAGAAUUCAAGUGAAUAUGAUGUACGGGCCAUCGAAAGUCAUCACGAUCCUUAACAAAGUCCAGGAUUACACUAUAUUCCCUCUCCUCUGGAUGAACGAGACGGGCGAGUUGGAUCAGGCGACGGCAGACAUGUUCAAGAAGGAGCUCAUCUCCCGUAUCGACAUGCUGGAGACGAUACAGCAGGUGCUGCUGGGCCUCGGUUUGUCGGCCUUCGCCGGGUGUCUCAUCUCCUACUGUGUGGUGAGGAGUCGCCGCAGCAAGUCCGGGUUCUGAUGAAAUCAGGCGGACGUGUCUGUUGUGGAGCAAAGUGCAUUUAAGCUGCUGUGGCACGUCAAACCUGUUUUUGAUAUAGACUUGCACUUUUUUUGUAAUUGUAGUUUUAUUUAUGAUGUUUUUUUCCUUUGAUACCGGGAGGGGGAAUACUGUGAUUUUUUUAAAACUAAAGAGCUAAAUUCCUUUGCCAAGUAUAAUUUCAGGUGCAAACACUGUAACAUUAACUCAAUCAGGGAUUUCUGGAAGCAGGUGUACUCAUUUUUAACCGUCAGGCUCAUAAUCCGCACAAAGGAGAAAUGUGCUCUGACGUCCUAUUAAACAGAAACGCACAUGAAUCUAAUCAAAUGUUCACGUCCUUCGCUGAACUAGAGUCUUUAAAAAAUGAAUAAAAAAGCUAAGAAGUGAGUUUUUCAUUGGCUGUCGUGUUCCUGGUGUCGGAUUGUUCUGACCCCGCCUCACGCUCUACACCCCUUGCAGCCCAGAAUAAAGGCUAGGCUGAAACAAUCCUCUGCAUUGUGCCAGUCAAGCUGAAGUAAUUCUGUUUCCUCUUUAGCUUGAGCAGUCAAUAAAUCAAAAAGAGCAAUAAAAAACCA